CAGGUGCUGUAUACAUCAAAACCUCCCCCAGCAACACCCCCACAACCCCUUCCAAAAUGUUCUUAAAGAGACCUCCUGUUCCACAGGCAGUUAGCCACUCGCUCUCCAAGCUUGUUCUCGCUUUUGCUUGGUGCUAGUAUGAAUCAGCUGUAUGUUCCUGUUUUUUUUCCCCCUUGGACUACUUUGAGUAUUUUGUAUGAUUACUUCAAUAAACGUGAGUGCUUUGCUCUGAAGUGAUUAAGACUGGAUUCAUUUUUAUUAGCUAAAUAUACAUGUACUAUAAGAGCUUUGAUUUGUGUACUGUCGACGAAGGGGCUAUUCACCGUUGUCCACACAGGCCUAGCCAAGGACAAUUCAGUAGGGUGAGCUACAGUGGAACAGAACUGGAGUUCGCGAGGAGUUCGUCAGGCCGGAGGCGAUCGCUCGACGAAUGGUCCGGUCCCAUGGUCCAAGGAGCCUGUGUGGUACUCAAGUUCGAAUAGUUUAGCGUAUCUAUCUUAAUCAGUUACAAAUAUUAAUUUAAUUUACGUCUGUUCUAGAUUAAUAUUCAAUCAAGCCGAUUCCUAAGAUGGAGAACGAAACAAAUUUCGCCUGUAACCAGACGCAGACCAGCACCCCCUCUCCCGCCCCGGUGUCUCCCUGUUCGAGCGUGCCCCCCCAUCACGCCCCCCGCUAUGGUACGAUUAUCCCUAACCGAAUCUUUGUUGGAGGAAUCGACUUUAAGACGAACGAGAGUGACCUGCGGCGGUUCUUCUCCCAGCACGGCGCGGUGAAGGAGGUGAAGAUCGUUAUUGACCGUGCGGGGGUGUCCAAGGGGUACGGCUUCGUGACCUUCGAGACUCAGGAGGACGCCCAGAAGAUCAUUCAUGAUGUGAGCGCUGAUCGGCUCUGCUUCAGGGACAAGAGGCUCAACAUCGGCCAGGCCAUCCGCAAGCAGCAACUGGGAGUGCCCUCGAGCGGGUUCUCCAUCUCCAGUCCCAGCCCCGGUAUCGCCAUCCCCGCCUCCGCGGGCACCAUGUACCUCACCACCUCCACGGGGUACCCCUACACCUACCACAACGGCGUGGCGUACUUCCACCCCCCCGAGAUGAGCCCCCCAGCGCAGCACUGGCCUCCCCGGUCCAUGUCCGGUUCUCCAGUUAUGGUCGCCCACCAGGCCCCGCCAGUCUACCCGCAGCCCACGUACCACCACUACCAGGCUCCAGCGCAGUGCGUUCCAGGCCCUCUGCAGUGGAACAUGUCACAGUCUCCAGUACCCAGCAGCCCCCUGCUCUACCUGCAGCCCUCUGAGCUGCUGUACCAGCCCCUGGACCUGCCUGCAGACGGGGGCUGUGUGCCCCCCCCCAUGCCCCUGCUGGAGGCAUCUGUCCCCGAGCCCUACAUUGAUCACAUGGUGCAGCCAGCCUAUCAUCAGCUUUAUGCCCAGAGUCCUGGAGGAAUGGCUCCCAUAAUGCAACAGGAAAUAGGAAAGGAACAGCGGUUUCACUGCGUGAGAAGAGGGUUCCCCCACUCCCAGGUGGGCCUGAAGGCCCGGUACAGCCGCAGCCCCCACUGCACCCACCCCCGCAAGGAGUACCGGCCCGACGUCGGCAGCCUGUCCCCCCCGCCCCCCGCAGAGCCCCUCAAGUAGGAGCGAUGGGCUGGGUGGGGGGAGGGGCUAUGGAGCCCCCGAAGACGCUCUGGCCAGGGGGGCGGGGAGGGGGGCGGGCGGAGAGGAAGACUUAAUGACAGCCUCUGGAUGAACCAGGCAAGCCUUAAAUCCGUACCCUCGAGACAUGAACCGUGCUCCCAACUCCCAAAGAGGAAGGACACCCACCUAACCCUGAACCAUCAACCCUGCACCCAUCCAACUCUUAACCCCUGACCCCAAAGAUAUCAACCCUGCACUCAUCCAACUCUUAAGAUAUCAACCCUGCACUCAUCCAACUCUUAACCCCUGACCCCCAAGAUAUCAACCCUGCACUCAUCCAACUCUUAACCCCUGACCCACAAGAUAUCAACUCUGCACUCAUCCAACUCUUAAGAUAUCAACCCUGCACUCAUCCAACUCUAAACCCCUGACCCCCAAGAUAUCAACCCUGCCCUCAUCCAAAUCUUAAGGCCUGACCUCCCGAAGAUAUCAACCCUGUACUCAUCCAACUCUUAACCCCUGACCCCCAAGAUAUCAACCCUGUCCUCAUCCAACUCUUAAGAUAUCAACCCUGCACUCAUCCAACUCUUAACCCCUGACCCCCAAGAUAUCAACCCUGCCCUCAUCGAAAUCUUAAGGCCUGACCUCCCCAAGAUAUCAACCCUGUACUCAUCCAACUCUUAAGAUAUCAACCCUGCACUCAUCCAACUCUUAACCCCUGACCCCCAAGAUAUCACUCAAGCCUGGUCCCCAACACAUGAACUGCACCCCCAUUCAGCCACGAGACUGUUCCCCAGAAACAUCAACACUGUUCUCAUCUUACAUUCUUACCUUACACUGAUCAAAGCUGCAGCCGUCCAGGCCCUUAAUGACCUAAAGCAGAACCGUCCACAGCCCUUCUUCCUCCCGUCCCUUAGUACCUGUUCACCUGACAUCACGUCACACCAGCAGACAUGCCGGUCAGGUGUCCCUGUAAACCACCAGCAUCGCAUUUCCCCUCUGGCCUCCAAAGCGGUGCACCUUCACGUCUGCCUCAAAACUCGGGUGUUCUUAUCCGACCCCCCGACUGAGUCCUGUAAGGGCAACUCAAAGAGGACCCCCCCCCCCUCCUCCCAUGGCCCCCCAUGACUGAGCCCCUCCCUGAGCAUCAGACCCCCCCAGCAGCUCAGGGUCAGUGAGCACCACAGCCUCCUAACCGACGGUAUGUUGCCUGUGCUGUCUGGGAAAUUCUGUCUAAUAGGUGCUUUAUCGGCAGUUUUUGUACACAAAAGAAAACGCUUUUCGUUAGUGGAGCAUAAUGAAUCCAAACCAUCUGUGAACAUGUCUUCCAUUACAGAUUUUGGCUCGUUACUAUUUAAUAGAUGCCAAAUGCACUGAACGUUAUACAGACGCCAUCCACUGGUGGACUUGCGUAAGGACACUGCCACUCUUAAAACCUGAUUGCAAGUCACUUAACUGCAGUCUUAUAUUUAGUUCUCUUUUGUUCUGAAUAUUUUCCUCUUUUUUUCCUGUGUAUGUGUAUUUUAGAAUAGGAGUGUAUAAGAUCUAUUUUAUUUUUGUUAUGAGAGCCAAUAUCUUGGAUUUUUUCUUAUUUGUAGAAAUGUUCUUAAAUGAAAAUUAUUUUUUAUUUUAAAAAAUGAGGUACAGAAGUGUUUCUUUAUCACAUUUUUAUUUUUGACGAUUAUCUACUGUAAAAAGGGAAUAUUUAUUUUUCAAUAAGUGUUUUGACCUUGAACUUCUAAAAUUUAUUUUGAAAAAAGCUUUUUUGGUAGAUAUUGCAGGCAUUGCCUCUUUUGGGCUACAGUCUGACCAAUACCUGAAACACUGAAAGUGCAGCUAGCCUCCGCAAUACAAUAAUACAGGCCUUAUGCUCAAUUCACAGUGCCACCAUCAGGGGGCGCUGCCUCGUUAUUUAUUGCCUUGAGGGUGAAAAAACAAACUCGGAAAACUGAAAACAUGUGUGCACUUGUUGAGUGUCGUGCGUGUGCGUGUGCGUGCGUGCGUGUGUGUGUGUGUGUGCCCUUCCCUGAGCUGUACAGGCACACCUGUUUCUUCUUCAGUUGAGGCUCUUGAGCUGCCAGGCCUGGAUCUCUCCCCGUUGGCCCGAGCUAUAGAUCCAGGCUGGAACACAGCCAUAGGCAGACCCAGGCCCAGUCUUCACCCCAUUUACUCUUUAAUCCUAGUUCAGUCUUGUCUGGCUUUGUUUCUGAAUCUGAAAAACUUUGAUUCCCAUAAUCCCCUAGCUAUGACUGCGGAAUGGUGCUCUUCUUCUCUGGUCGCAGGUUACCUUCCUCUCCCGUCUCUGUGGAGUAUUUCAUGUCAUCCUCCGUCUUUCCCGUGUAGAUACUCUUCCUUUCUCAGAGGGAUUGACCAGGUCUGCGCCAUCUCUCGCUGGUCAGACCGCCCCCUGAACCUCGGCCUGUCGAGCUCAGUAUCGAAACUCAAGGCUCUAGUUCAUGAUGUAGCAUUUUUAAAACAGAGACCAGAGCGCUCUUAAAAAUCUCCCCCAUCAGGUCUCAGGAUUUCACCAGCUGAGCGCGCAUCCCAUCCCCAGCUUCUGUGAGGCUCUUUAGGUCAGACGAACGCCCGCGUUUGUCCAUUUAUGGCAGGUCUUGAGGUGUCUUGCCAGCCAAUCAGAAUUCCCUCUGCGUCGCCAUGGCGAGUUGUAGCGUUAUCGCCGCUCAUCCAGAACAGAGCGAGUCUGGACGUCAUCGCUAGGAAUCGCUCGGGGCUCCUCCUACGCGCGCGUAAAUGAACUGUCUGCUUUUUGUUUUGUGUCAGCAGACCUGUCUGUGGUUUCAGACAGGUUUUCGAAGAAGGAAAAGACAUGAUUUAGAAGAGCGAUGAUGUGGGAUUGCUCAGGUAUUUUUGUGUUUCCACACCUCUGCUCGUUGGAGAAAGGAGCAGAUUCAAGUCUCAGACUCUUCCGGGGUCUUCGGACUGACACUGAAAGUGCAGCUCAGAGUCUUACCUGUUGUACUCACCUGUCCAAAGUUUUAUCAUUUCAUUCGAUAGCCUCGGUAGUGUGAAUAUGAUGUGUACAUAAUUGAUGUGUGAGACAUAUUAACAGGGUAGAAAGAGACAAUAAUAUGGAUACGUCAAAUUCUGAAGAGGCUCUGAUAACGUAAGGAAAUCUGCAAACCAGUUACUUGCUCUUUUGAAAGCAAGAGACAGGGUUUAUUAACAAAUAAUAUUAUUAUUAAAUACAUAUUGUAAGCCAUGUCCACUUUCUCAUUUGAGCCUCUUCAAAGAAAGUAACUUUUAAGAUAUCCUUUAUGAUAUCUCUUUCAUUUAUUUGUACUAAUUUGUUUACAAUUUUGAAUAUGUAUUUUUUUUGUGAAAGAAAAUUACUGUGAUUUUUUUUCUUCUUUUGUUACAUUUAUAGUGUUAGUUUUGACCUUGUAAUGAAUAUUCUCUGUGACAUAAGCUAGCGCCUAUAUCCUGCUCACAGCUUUAUGUAAUACUGAAGCACCAGCAUGACUGCAUUCUUACAGAAAGACAGGUUGUGUGCGAGUAACGAAAUCUUAAAUAUUUUUGAAAAACCCUCUGGGCGCCAGCAGCAUGGUUGUUUGUUCAUAUUCCUGUUUGUGUGUAGUUGGCGGUUAAAUAGGGUCUUCAGCUCAGUAACCUUCAUUCGUUUGUGUUUUAUACUUAGGGACUUGCUUUUAUUAAAGCAAUGUGAUCAGAGAAUUUCAAAACGUUUUUUUUUACAGAAUCUAUUUCAUCACACGCAUUUAUCACACACCCAAAAGCUCAAGAAAGUGUGGUUUAUGGAACUUAGUGUUUUUUUAUUUAGUAAUGAUCACACGUUUAGAUUAUACUGGUAACACAUAAAGCAACGUGAGAGAAUUUGACAGUUUGUAUUUCACAACCGCAGCAUCACAGGUAUUAGAACGGAACGUGUGCUACUGUAAAACAAUUUCAUGUACGAAGAAAAUCAAACAACAUCAAAUGUACGGCCACGUCAUCUGCUAACGUUAACAGAUGGCAAGCUGGUUUUUUUUUUUUUGUGUGUGUCAAGUUGAAAUUUUAUGGGGUCACGUUCUCUCUCUCCGAAUCUGGCUACACUUUCUGAAAAAACCCCCUCUCAUGCAUCCAUCAGUGCGCUCGUAUCUCAUCUGUGAGAGGGAGACCGUGUCUCUGGGGUUGAUCUACCGUGCACAGUUGACUGCUCUUUUGAAUUUAUGGGGGUUUUUUUUUGCUGUUGUUUUUUUUUUUUGUUUUGUUCAAAAUGUGAAUUGGCGGGAGCAGCUGUUGCUGCCACAAGUUCAACUAUCAACAUAAAUCCAGAUGCGCUAAAUAAGGGCGUAUCUGUUCAAGCUUUUAAAAAAAAAAGAAGAAAAAAACGCUUUCUUAUCUUUUCCUUGUUUCUUCUGUUCCUCUGUUUCCUUUCUCUCUUUCGAACCCUUUGUUCGGUUCGGGCGACCGUCACUGAAAACAGCCGGCUGACACACAGCCUUUCUCUCGUGCCGAUUGAACUCCGUUAUCGCUGAAGGGCUAACGGUGGCAGGUCGAAGUGUUCCUCGUUUGGUGGCUGUUCUUGUUCUGUCAUAUCCUGAUGCUCUUGUCUUUUUUUAAACCUAAAUUAUCCUAUUAAUAGAAUAAAGUAAUAUCGAUUUUCCCUUAACUUAAAGGUAAUUAUUUAAUUACCAGGUGUCAGCCAGAUGUUACUUUAACAGUCUUCCCUUUCUGUAACCCUGCCCUUGUCUUACCCUAUCUGCGACCCACUUAGCUGAGGCAUACUCCUGUCAGGAUGGAACCAUUUCUUGUCCUCAGAGGAUGACUUCCAUGGACAGGAGCUUGGGAGAUCUUUCUCAUGGGUGCUGAUGCACAGUGCGGUCCCCAGCCUUACUGUAAAAGCACUUCACAGUCCCAGCCUGCUAACCCAUUGGCCACUGGAGCAAGAUUUAGCAUAUUUGGCUUUCCCCUCGUCCCCGUCACUCAAAUCUGGACUGCUCUGGGUAUUUGGGAUCUCAAGCUUCUGUUUACUCACUCCUAAAUCAGUCUCAGCCUCUCCCUGGCUGAGCCAUUCGAGCCAGCUUGGCCCGAUUUCCAUUUCCUCUGCACCCGGUCGGGACACCCCUCCUCCCAUUGGUCCAGAUGCCUGCCAUGUGACCUGCCUGGACCAACUGCGCAUCGCACGCAACAUGCUCCCACUCCAAAGGAAUCUCCUGUCUAGUUGCACAGCACUGGCUGCAAACAAAGGUUUUCUUCCGACACUGUUUUUUUUUUUUUUCCUAUGCUACGUAGUUCUGUGUGCUGAGGGUUUUUUACGUUUUUAUUUGCACGCCGCAAGCUUUUGUCGUUCGUGCUUGUUUACUGCGGCAACACUCAUUUGUGUUAUGUUCUCUUUGUUCUUUGAAGUCCAAAAAUAAUUUGUGCGCCAUUUAAUUAAAGGGGUUGCCUUUUUUGUGUGUGUUCAAAGGAAAUUGUUUUUGUAAAGGAAAGCGAUGAAUAAAAGUGUUUUCUGUGAAACUG